GUUGCCAGUGUUGAAUUUGAAUAAUGCAAUUGUUGUCCUCUGUCUCCGCAGAAUAAAGGGAAAGAUCCACGAAACCAACCUCACCUAUGAAGACUUCCCGACAUCCAAAUACAUGGGGCCACUACAAUAUACCAUAUGGAAGUCUCUUUUUCUGGAUAUAUCACCAGUGCCUGCUGCUUUAACCAUGGACCCCAUCACUGCUCACCAGAGGCUCAUAUUGUCAGACGACUGCACCAUCGUUGCAUACGGGAACCUGCACCCGCAGCCCCUGCAGGAUUCGCCGCGCCGCUUUGACGUUGAGGUGUCAGUGCUGGGAGCCGAGGGCUUCUCCGCGGGCGUCCACUACUGGGAAGUGAUGGUUUCCGAGAAAACCCAGUGGAUGAUCGGUGUGGCCAACGAGACGGUCAACCGCAAGGGCAGCAUUCAAAUCCAACCCAGCCGAGGCUUCUACUGCAUCGUCAUGCACGACGGUAACCAAUACAGCGCUUGCACCGAGCCCUGGACGCGCCUCAACGUAAAGAGCAAACUCGAGAAAGUGGGCGUCUACUUGGACUACCCCAAAGGUUUGCUGGUUUUCUACAAUGCCGAUGACAUGUCCUGGCUCUACACCUACCGAGAGAAGUUUCUAGCUAAACUUUAUCCGUACUUCAGCCCCGGUCAAAGUCACGCCAAUGGAAAAAACGUGCAGCCCUUGAGAAUUAACACCGUACGUUUAUAGGAACCCAGACAGCAGAAAAGUUUUGGGGAUGAAAAGGAAGAAACUGAAUACUAGGCUGUAUAAUAACGUUUCUUUUAAUUUAUCUGAUGGAUGGAUUGUGACGGAAGGCUCUGUGGACACCUGGAGUUGGUAAAUAAAAUGGAGAGCCUUGCACUUUUCUGAGAGGUGCCUAUGGGCAUUUUUUACAUUUUAUUCUUGCUAGUCAUUUGUAAUCUUGCUGUGGCCGGCCUGCUUGCCCAAGAUUUCCCAGCUGCUUAUUAUACACAAUACCCCGACUUAUAUCCCUUCAGCCCCUGCAGGGUCCAAAUGCUCCUUUCAUGGCUCAAGUCUGGGAAAAAGAGCUUAUCCGUUGUGCAGACAGAAAUAUGAAAUGUGUUGCCUGUUUUUUUUGUGCAAUAGACUUUGGCGUGUUUGUGGAGUGCGUCAAGCGUCGUACCGCUACUCGACACUGAGGUAGUGCUGUACGAACUUCUUGCUUUAUUUUUUCUCAAUAACUGCAUGAACGGAGAGUGGAAUAUUAUGUCCCUCAGGUCAUGCUUAUUCACGACGGUGACGGUGUUUGAUGCAGUAAUCAAGCUCCCAGAUGCCCAGCGUGUUUCUGUACACGUGAAUGAUUGUGUAUGUGUUUUUAUCACCUUCUAAUCGAGAUUCAGGACUCGAAUGCCGCUAACACAUCUGCUGCUACUAUAAAAAAGGGGUCAUGACUUUGUGCAUUUGUACAUAUCGCAGGAGAGCUUUGCUAUAUUGGUGAAAAAUGUGUCCCUGCACCUUCCUUUUCCCUUUUGUUUGAUAUCACUUUUAUUUAUUCAUCCUGUACUCACUUUCUAGAACAUUCCAGUGUUUGGGGUCCCGGGACAUCUCAUUAGGAUGGUUGAAGGGUCAUCUGUCUGCUUUAACGUGUGUAAUCAGGUGAUAAGAGGGUGAAAGACAUUUCCUUUUCCAAGAGAUUGCAUCUGUUGCUCUUUAGAAAAGUGUUGAAAUAGCUGUAUUUUUUUAUAUAUAUAAAUCGAAAUUAUUUUCACGUAAAU